AUGGGGAUGCACCGCGCACGGUUCCGGGGGGCGAAUGUACCUGGCAGCGUCACGCUUCUUGCAGUGCUAUGCAGCAUAUGCAUCUGUGGACCAUCUCAAGACCAGGCUUUUCGACUUGGACCAGCUGGCGCUCGUCGUGCACUCUGCGCCGUGGACCGCCCACGUCGAUCGCAACGUGCUCCGCGGACGGAAGGCUGGGCGCAGAGGGAGAUGUGCAGGUUUGUCGGCCUUGGCCUUGCUUUGGGAGUUGCUGGCAGCGGCUACACUCGAUGUUUUGCGGCGGCCAAAAAGGGAGUAGAAGCUGCGCUUGGUGCAGAGACCUUGCAGGAGCUGAUGAGCUCCGGUGAAGUCUUACGGCCACUGAUUGUCGCCAUGGGCACGAGAGGUGAUGCCGAGCCCGGUUUUCGCUUGGCCGCAGCGCUGCGAGAUCGUGGGCAUUUGCCUCUGGUGGUGUCUUUGGAUGCAUACAAAGCACAAGCAGAGAGGCUCGGCCUGGACUUCCGAUCUUGUGGCAUUGACAAGGUUCCCUUGUCGGAGGAGUACCUCACCGGAAAGACGCGCGCAGACCAGGUCUUUGCGGACCGAGGCUGGUAUGGAGAUGCUUGGACCAUGGUCGGUGAACGCAUCUUUGCUGCUGCACAAGAGCACGACUGCGAUCUGAUUGUGGCCACCUCCAUGGGGAAUACCCAUUGCCUGGAUGUGGCUGAAAAGCUCAAGCUCCUGUGCUUUGCCUUGAAGUUCUGCCCGGAUAUUGAUGGCCAGGUGCCUACUGCAAGCUUCCCACCCUCGGGUUAUCCUUCCUUGGGACCUUUGAAUACGUUUCAGCACGUUGUUGAGAACUUGCGUACAGUGGCGGCUGUCUUCCGUGGAGGCUUCAUCCCGAAGGUCAUCGAGUUCCGGACCAAGCUGGGUCUACCAUCACAGGAGAUCCCCGGAGGCAUGGAAGUGCCUUUGUACUCAGACUUUCGACAGAAGCUUCAAGAAAAUCAGCCAUGCCUUUAUGCCUUCAGCCCAACGCUGGUCAAUAGACCAGCUGAGUAUCAACCUUGGCACUUCAUCACGGGCUUCUUCGGCAGCGAAAUGACGAAGGAGGAGCCGCUGGCAGGUCCCUUGGAGGACUUCCUGGCCAAAACUCCUCCGGUUUGUAUUGCUUUUGGUUCCAUGACCCUUGCUCGCAGUGCUCCCUUUCAGCAGCGUGCUCUAUUGGCCGCCCGCCGUGCGGCGCAGCCAGUGCUUGUAGUGGAUCCAGACGAGGAGAGAGAAGGUUUGGAUCCGGAGGAUUCUGAAAUCUUUCGAAUGAAAUCUGUGCCAUACAGUUCCUUGUUGCCCAAAUGUCGCCUGGUGGUGCAUCAUGGAGGUGCUGGCACUCUUCAAGAUUCCAUCCUGGCGAAGACCCCUCAGCUCAUUGCUCCGGUUCUCAGUUGGAGUGAUCAGCCUUUUUGGGCCUUUCAACUAGAAAACCAAAAGCUUUGUGUUACCAUCGGAGAGGGUGGAGAGGCGCCCACGGACGAAGACUGGGACGCUGCCUUUGAGAAGAUGUGCUUCUCUUUGACGGAGCUGAGCGAUGACCGGCGUCCUGGGCGCCGGAAUGACCGAGGAUUCGGCCCUUCAGCCAAAGACAUGGACCUUGACUUUGACUUCGAGGAAGGAAUCGAUGCGAAAGACUUGAGCCGAGCUGCGAGCCUGCGGGCCGAUGGGUUUACAUCGUCAGAGGGUGCCCUCAAUCGAGGCUCUCGGACCGUUUGCAUCCAUUUCCUGAGAGGCCUUUGCAUGAAAGGUGACAAAUGCGAUUAUUUGCAUCAGUUCGAUCCCAAUCGAAUGCCAGAGUGCACCACAUUCCUGAAGUUCGGCAAAUGCCUCGACCCUGUUUGCAUGUUCAAGCACGUCGCGGCAAGUGAGCGACAAGAAUGCCCCAGGUAUCGUUUAGGCUUUUGCAAAUUCGGCCCCUUGUGCCGAUGCACGCACGAGCGACUGCCGAGACACAAUAUGCCUGACGUGCUUCCAGAUUGGUUCCUGAUGCCUUUGCUGAAGAAUGGGCAUUUGGUGCCCCGAGCAGAGGAUGUGAAGAUCUCCGCCUUUGAAUUCCGAAGGGAUGAUCCGCCACCACGCCGGAGAGCGGAGCCAGAGCCCAUCGAGCCCGCAGAAGAAGAAGUGAAGAUCUCUUCGAAUGUGAGGCCCGUUCCGCUGGGAACGUUCCAGGAUGCAAAGCGCGGCAAGGUGCACCUCCCCACCUCCACGCCGGUGGCGGUCGGAAAGGCCCUGGCUUCCAGCUCCUCUUCGCUCCUCGCUGCGAUGACAGAAGGAGUUGAUGGUGAUGAGCGCUCCGAGAGCCCUCGCGAGAGGAGGCGUCCGAGGCCUCGCGAUGGUCCCCCGGAGUGGCGGACGCGUCCUCCGUAUCCGGGAGGGUUCUUCCAGCCAAUGUUUGGUCCUCCGGCACCAUAUGGCUAUCAUCCAGCCUACGGCUAUCCCCCGGGCGAGGAGGCGAGGCUUCCACCUGGCACUUGGGCUGGUGCCAGGCCCAACUUCGGUGAACCGCCCAGCCACUGGCAGGGUGCCUCCUUUCGAGAGGAGUCCGAAGAUGCAAGGUCAAGAAGUGGGAGGCGACGGCGCCGACGACGGUGA